CGUUGGCGCGGCGGCGGCGCCAUGCCCGUCAGGAAGCAAGACACGCAGCGCGCCCUGCGCCUCCUGGAGGAGUACCGCUCCAAGCUGAGCCAGGCGGAGGACCGGCAGCUGCGGAGCUCCAUCGAGCGCGUCAUUAGCAUCUUCCAAAGCAGCCUCUUCCAGGCGCUCAUAGAUAUUCAAGAAUUUUAUGAAGUGACCUUACUGCACAAUCCAAAAUGUAUUGAUCACUCUCAGCCCUCUGAACCAAUACAGCCUGUGAAUACUUGGGAUUUUUCCAGCCUUCCAAGCACUACAGUGACAUCAGAAACACUGCCAAGCAGCCUUAGCCCAAGUGUAGAGAAAUACCGCUAUCAAGAUGAAGAUACACCUCCACAGGAGCACAGCUCUCCACACAUUACCAAUGAGGUGACGGGUCCGGAGCUGGUUCACGUGUCAGAGAAGAACCUGUCACAGAUUGAGAAUGUACAUGGAUUUGUUUCUCAUUCUCAUAUUUCGCCAGUGAAGCCCACAGAAGCUGUUCCUUCCUCUUCUCCCAUUGUCCCUGUGAUCCCUGUCCCUCCAGUCCCUGCUGAGACCACUGUCAUCCCAUCCACCAUACCACAGGCAAAUCCCCCUCCAGUACUGGUGAAUACAGAUUCUUUGGAGACUCCAACAUAUGUCAAUGGCACAGAUGCAGAUUAUGAGUAUGAAGAAAUUACUCUUGAAAGGGGGAAUUCAGGACUUGGCUUUAGCAUUGCAGGUGGGACGGACAACCCACAUAUUGGGGAUGAUUCAAGUAUUUUCAUUACAAAAAUUAUAGCUGGAGGUGCAGCUGCACAGGAUGGAAGAUUACGGGUUAACGAUUGUAUUCUACGAGUAAAUGAGGUGGAUGUUCGUGAUGUGACACACAGCAAAGCAGUUGAAGCACUGAAAGAAGCAGGAUCAAUUGUACGGUUAUAUGUCAAAAGAAGAAAGCCAGUCACAGAAAAAAUAAUGGAGAUAAAACUUGUAAAAGGCCCUAAAGGUCUUGGUUUCAGUAUUGCUGGUGGCGUAGGAAAUCAGCAUAUACCUGGAGACAACAGCAUCUAUGUAACCAAAAUCAUAGAAGGAGGAGCGGCUCAUAAAGAUGGCAAGCUUCAGAUUGGAGACAAACUUUUAGCUGUGAACAGUGUUUGCUUAGAAGAAGUUACUCAUGAAGAAGCAGUGACUGCCUUAAAAAAUACCUCUGACUUUGUUUAUCUGAAAGUUGCAAAGCCCACCAGCGUGUUCAUGAAUGACAGUUAUGCCCCACCAGACAUCACAAACUCAUAUUCUCAGCCAGUGGACAACCAUAUCACUCCACCUGCUUACCUGGGACAGUCCCUGCCCCCAGCAUCGCCAGGACGCUAUUCACCAGUUCCCAAGGGAAUGCUUGGAGACGAUGAGAUUACCAGGGAGCCUAGAAAAGUUGUUUUGCAUCGAGGAUCAACAGGUCUUGGUUUCAACAUUGUUGGAGGAGAAGAUGGAGAGGGAAUUUUCAUCUCUUUCAUCCUUGCAGGAGGGCCUGCUGACCUGAGUGGAGAGCUUAGAAAAGGAGAUCGAAUAAUUUCAGUAAAUGGAGUAGACCUCAAAGCAGCAACCCAUGAACAAGCAGCGGCAGCCUUGAAGAAUGCAGGCCAAGCAGUAACUAUUGUUGCUCAGUACCGUCCAGAAGAAUACAGUCGUUUUGAAGCUAAAAUACAUGAUCUACGAGAACAGAUGAUGAACAGUAGUAUUAGUUCAGGAUCAGGAUCUUUGCGAACCAACCAGAAGAGAUCCCUAUAUGUCAGAGCUCUCUUUGAUUAUGAUAAAACUAAAGACAGCGGCCUCCCAAGUCAGGGACUGAACUUUAAAUUUGGCGACAUUCUGCAUGUCAUUAAUGCUUCUGAUGAUGAAUGGUGGCAGGCGCGGCAGGUAACUCCAGAUGGCGAAAGUGAUGAAAUUGGAGUUAUCCCAAGCAAACGCAGAGUUGAGAAAAAAGAACGAGCUCGUUUAAAGACAGUGAAAUUCAAUUCCAAGACAAGAGGAGAUAAAGGGACAUCCUUUGUUUUGCCCCUCCUUCUCUUCUUCAGCAGUCAUUCAAUGACAAGCGUAAAAAGAACCUCUUUUCCCGAAAAUUUCCCUUCUACAAGAACAAGGACCAGAGUGAGCAGGAAACCAGUGAUAUUGACCGAGGUCCCUGACGACAUGGGAUCAAAAGGCCUGAAGCAUGUAACCUCUAAUGCCAGCGAUAGUGAAAGUAGUUACCGCGGCCAAGAGGAAUAUGUCUUGUCAUAUGAACCAGUCAAUCAACAAGAAGUCAGCUAUACUCGACCUGUGAUUGUUUUGGGACCCAUGAAAGACAGGAUAAAUGAUGAUCUGAUCUCAGAAUUUCCAGACAAAUUUGGCUCAUGUGUUCCACAUACUACUAGACCAAAACGAGAUUAUGAGGUGGAUGGACGUGAUUACCAUUUUGUCACUUCUCGAGAGCAAAUGGAGAAGGAUAUUCAGGAUCACAAAUUCAUUGAAGCUGGCCAGUACAAUAAUCAUCUUUAUGGAACAAGUGUCCAAUCAGUGCGAGAAGUAGCAGAAAAGGGUAAACAUUGCAUUCUUGAUGUUUCUGGUAAUGCUAUCAAAAGGUUGCAAAUUGCCCAGCUGUACCCAAUCUCCAUUUUUAUUAAACCCAAAACAGUGGAAAACAUCAUGGAGAUGAAUAAACGUUUAACGGAAGAGCAAGCCAGGAAGACAUUUGAGAGAGCCAUGAAACUGGAACAAGAAUUUACUGAACACUUCACAGCUAUUGUCCAAGGAGACACACUGGAAGAAAUCUACAACCAAGUGAAACAGAUCAUAGAGGAACAGUCUGGGCCUUACAUCUGGGUUCCAGCAAAGGAAAAAUUAUGAAAACAGAUCUUUAUUUUUCAUUUUCUAACUGACAUCCACUACUACAUCUGACGACUCUUAAGCCCUUCCAGUGGAGCCUGCCUCUAGUUCUUUCCAGCGUGGUUCAUGUCCUAGCCAUCGCACUCUGCAGUUCCCAUAAUGCUUUACAUCUGGUGUCUCUCUUAGUUUAAAGAAUUUGUGUUAUUGUGUGUUGUUGUUUUGCCAUUUUUCAAACAUGACAGUGGAAUGGCCUGGCCAGCUAUUAGUUUGG